AUGUCUCCCAUCAAUACCAUCAUGGCCCGUGAGGUCGGUGAUUCAGACAGCGUCAUGAAUUUGAUGAUCACCUUUUUGGGCUUGGCUUUUGUGGCCCUCAUUCUUGCAGCCGUCUUGAUCAUGAUGCGGAGAAAGCGCCUCGCUAAGCAGAAAAUGAACGAUGAGGGUCUCCCGCAAUACAACGACAUCAAGCAUGAGUACAACGGCCCCGAUGGUGCCCGCCGCCUGACUAUAACAACCGCAGACGGCCGGUCUAGCGUCGUUGUCUUGGAUGGCCGUCGACCCAUGCUGGCUGACCCCAAUGCGCCGCCUUACUCGCCCAAGAACAUUCCCGAGAUCCACAUCACGUUCCCCGACGAGCACGACGAGCAUGGCCGCAAGCAAGAUGGACGUGUCAUGGUUGUCAGAGUUGGCGAUACUACCGUUGGAAUGGAGCCCGUCCGCGAGGAGCAGUUGCCAGCCUAUGAGAAGGAGAGCAGCCACGGUUUCUACUCGAUCGACAUGGACCAAAUCGGUGGCCUGAAGGAGAAGGACCGUUCGCAGUUCCAGUAA